AUGACACCGUUCCUUCAAUCGGAGACCAGCACACGACGAAGAGCCGAAAUGCAAGCCAAAGGCGACCCAGAGCAGCCUCUGAACCCAGGUAACCCUGCCGCCACGGCGGCACCUGUUCUUCCCGGUCGAUCGAAGGGAGAGGAAGACCAUAAAGCGGCUGUGGAUACCUGCCACCCAUCCGCUUCUCGUCGAGAGACGGACCCAUCCAACGACGCCUCCAGCUCGGAAGGAGACACUCCCAGCGAGUUCGGAGCUGAUCUUGACUGGGGAAUUGCCCCGCCUUUGCCAGAACUACAUAGCGGGCGUACACUCACGGAUAAGACCCUCCCGGGCGAGAACCACACCAAGAAUGAAGCAACGAUCCCGAAAGACAACGCCAAAGGGAAUGAGGCUGGCCAGACUAGCCGGUCUGGCGCUUACAUCUUUUACCCUCGCAAGGAUUUCGGCCCCGGCAAACAGUGCGGCGAGUAUAUUGCGUUUGGGCCUCGUUUGGAAGAUAGAGUUGAGCAUGGGCUUGAAGCACGAUGGGAUUGCGAAAGCGGACGUGGUCGCCGGCCGUACCAGGACACCAGCAUUGCUGAAGAUGUUGCGAAGGCGAGCAACAUUGAAAAUGGCGCAACAAUGGCAUCUCUCCGGGGCGAGACCCAAGGAAGCCAGAACGGCUUGGGCCCAAGUCCCGCUCUUGCAGACGCUGGGAAAUUCGUCCGGUGCGACAAGCUUGAAGACCAAAAUCAUCUCUUGAUGGUGGCUCAUGAGGAUUGGAUGAAGAAAAAGGGAUUCUUUUAUCCUUCAGUUAUUCCUAUUGGGGCACGAAAGCUCGGAGGCGAACCUGUAUAUCCCGGCUUGGAUGACGAAUGGCGAAACAACGGCAGUGCUGAAACAGCUACAGGCCGUGGAAAGACUGAGGGCAUAGCUCCCGUUGCGCCUAGCGACACUAAGCCCAAGUGCACAAUGAGAGAUGGCCUCCUUUCAAUUUCUUCCUGCCCGCCUCCGCCAGAUUCCGGCCGUCAAAAAAAGCCUGCUGUUUCGAGUCCAGCUCCAGCUUAUGCCGACGCGGCAGCUCCCUCGCCAAUGGAGAACAAGAACAGAAUAGAGCGCAAACCCUGGCCUAGAACGUUCAGACAUGACCCCCGGAUUCACGACGCUCCCUCCCCGUACGAGGGUGAAGCAAUCAAGGUCCGAUUAGGACAACACCCCAAGCGGGACUUCAAUGUGCCAAAGCGCAUUCUCGACAAAUAUCCUUCCCUCCCGCAGCCCAUCUGCACUGUUCACCGUAAUGCCUGCUGGAUUUCCGGGUGUAGCGCGUCUCGAACGUUGACGCUUGAUCGGGCGAGCGACUUCAUUGGCGGCACAUUCGUGCAUUACCUCUACACCGGCGAGUACCGGGCCCCCCAGCCGGGCUCGAAGGUGUUGAUCGAGUAUGCCCGGGGUCUCCACGUAUAUCGUUCCGCUGUGAACUAUGGUCUGGACGUGCUUGCUGCCAAAGCUCAGAGGAAGUUGUUGGACGUUGACCAAGGCAUUCCUGUUUUUCGCCUCCUGGGAGUUGCGGCCCUUGCCUGCCCUGAGGUAGUUGAACAGUCUUGGUUCCAAGAGUACAUCACCCUCAGACUCACCGCGAUGUUCAAAGACAACGAAGGGAUGCUUCGCGACCAAAUGUUUUUGGAUAGAUCUAGUAUAGAUCUGCGUUUCAUUGCCUUUCUUGCUGGGGCGACGGAGCAGGUCUAUAAGGACAAGUUGGCGGCCGGGCAGCUUCAAGCGGCGAAGCAAACAAUAGGCCUCGAUAAGAAAGAUUCCAAACUCGAGGCAAAGCCCGAGAAGGGGCCGCCCUUACCGGGCCCAUUUCAAGAGAGAAAUGAAGCCCCCCGCGCAUCUCCCUCCGAGCGCUCGGAUAGGGCAUCUUCAGCCCAGUCCCAGGAAGUGACCAUGCCUGAGGGAAGGGUGUCAGCAUCAGCACGACAAACGGUGCCUGGCGCAGAGGUGCGUGGGAAACACGCCGAUACGUCCAGCCCAGCCGUACCCACUCCACUAUCAACGACAGACGGAAAGCGCAAUGCACAGCGUAAGUAUUAUGAGUGGAGUUGCCUGCAUCGCGGCUCAGCUCCUGCAGAAUUAAGAUCCCACAACUGUCAAUGCAACCGAUGCGGACUUAUUGCAUGCGAGGUCUGUAGGGAGAUCUAUAUCAAGGGGGAGCUUGUUCGGGACCACUCGUCUGAGCUUGAGCGCUGUCAGAGAGUAAUCCGGAUUCUGGAAUACUACAUAAAGUUGGACGGGCAUUACUGA